AUGUUCUCCAUACCAGUGUUGCUCCUCCACGACCAGUGUUGUUCUCCAGCCCGUGUUGCCCCCAGCCACCAGUGUUGUCGUUCUCAGCCACCAGUGUUGUCUCUCCAGCCACCAGUGCAUUGUUCUCCAGCCACCCGUGUUGUUCCUGUAGCCACUAUGUUGUUCCUCCAGCCACCAGCGUGUUGUUCUCCAGCCACCAGUGUUGUUCUCCAGCCACCAGUAUUGUUCUCCAGCCACCAGUGUUGUUCCUCCAGCCACCAGUGCAUAUUCUCCAGCCACCAGUAUUGUUCUCCAGCCACCAGUAUAUUGUCUCCAGCUACCAGUGUUGUUCUCCAGCCACCAGAAUUGUUCUCCAGCCACCAGCACCCUCACACCAGUGUUGUUCUCCAGCCAACAGUAUUGUUCUCUCCAGCCACCGUAGUUGUCUCUCCAGCUCAGUGUUCUCCAGCCACCAGUGUUGUUCUCCAGCCACCAGUGUUGUUCCCCAGCCACCAGUGCUGUCUCCAGCCACCAGCAUAUUGUCUCCUGCUGUUCCUCCAGCCACCAGUGUUGUUCCUCUGUUCAGCAUUGUCUCCAGCCACCAGUGUUGUUCCCCAGCCACCAGGUUCCUCCAGCCACCAGUAUUGUCUCCAGCCACCAGUGUUGUCUCCAGCCACCAGUGCUGUCUCCAGCCACCGCGUUGCUCCCUCCAGCCACCAGUGCUGUUCCUCCAGCUACCAGUUGUUCUCCAGCCACCAGUGCUGUUCUCCAGCCAACUGUGUUGUCUCCAGCCACCAGCAAGGUUCUCCAGCCACCAGUGUUGCUCCUCUGCACACCAGUGCUGUUCUCCAGCCACCAGUGUUGCUCCCUCCAGCCACCAGUGCAAGGUUCCUCCAGCCACCAGUAUUGUCUCCAGCCACCCGUGUUGUUCUCCAGCCACCAGUAUUGUUCUCCAGCUACCAGUGUUGUUCUCCAGCCACCAGUGCUGUCGCUCCCCUCCAGCCACCCGUGCUGCCCUCCAGCCACCAGUGUUGUUCUCCAGCUACCAGUGUUGUUCUCCAGCCACCAGUAAGGCUCUCCAGCCACCAGUGUUGUUCUCUAGCCACCAGUGUUGUUUUCCAGCCACCAGUAUUGUUCUCCAGCUCAGUGUUGUUCUCAGCCACCAGUAUUGUUCUCUCCAGCCACCCUGUUUUCCCAGCCACCAGUUCUCCACUACCAGUGAGCAGUUCCUCCAGCCACCAGGUGUUGUUCUCCACACCAGUGCUGCCUCCAGCCAGUGCUGUUCUCCAGCCACCAGUGUUAGCCUCCAGCCACCGGUGUUGCCCUCCAGCCACCGGUGUUGUCUCCAGCCACCGGUGCUGUUCUCCAGCCACCAGUGCUGUUUCUCCAGCCACCAGUGCUGCUCCUCCAGCCACCAGUGCUGUUCUCCAGCCACCCUGUUGUUCUCCAGCCACCAGGUGUCUCCUCCACACCCAGUGUUGCUCUCCAGCUACCAGUGUUAAUUCUCCAGCCACCAGUGUUGUUCUCCAGCCACCCAAGAGCCUCCAGCCACCAGUAUUGUUCUCCAGCCACCAGGCCAGGCUCCAGCCACCAGUGUUGUUCCUCCAGCCACCAGUGUUGCCCUCCAGCCACCGCAAGUUCUCCAGCCACCAGUGUUGUUCUCCAGCCACCAGUGCUAGCCUCCAGCCACCAGUGCUGAGCCCAGCCACCGGUGUUAGCCUCAGCCACCGGUGCUGUUCUCCAGCCACCAGCAAGUGUUGCUCCCAGCCACCAGUGUUGUUCUCCAGCCACCAGUGUUCUCCAGCCAACCCCGUGUUGCCCUCCAGCCACCAGUGUUGUCUCCAGCCACCAA